AUGGAGUCGGCAGAAUCAGCAUUGGGGAGCGAUAUGGGACUGGUGGUGGUCGUUUGCAGUAGUAGUUGGAUUGGUGGUGUUGUUUGUGAAGAAGAGAUCAUCCGAGGAGAGUUUAAGAAAGUUAAAAAGACUUUUGAACCUUGUGAUCUUAAAUUAAAGAUACGAAGAAUAUUUGAUGGUCCUGCAUGUGUAUUGCUGAUUCUUGACAAGGAUUUAGCUGAGGAGGUAAAGGCAAGAUACAAGAAAGCCGUUGUGAAAAUUGUCGACAUGGAGGAUUAUGCUGCUGAUGAUGAUCAAUAUGGGGAAGGGGAGCCUACUGACAAUGCCGCGAGAUUUUACAAAUGGUUUACUGAGGGACAAGAAUGGGGCUUGUGGCUUCAGCAGCUUUCUUAUGGUGUUUUUGGGUUGGGCAAUCGGCAAUAUGAACAUUUUAACAAGCUGAUGCACAAUUUCCAACUCUUGUAUCUAUCAGCCUGUGAUAAUAUUGUUUUAAUUUGGAUAAGGUUAUUCCACAGUUUGACUUACAUGUUUAGCAUGACAGGUGCAAAACGUCUUGUGGCGCUUGGCCUUGGGGAUGAUGAUCAGUGCAUUGAAGACGAUUUUGGCGCUUGGCGAGAACGAUUGUGGCCAGAAUUGAAUCCAAUACUUAAAGAUGAGAAUGAUGCAAAGCCUGUGUUGAAUAUACGAGUAGCAGAAAAAUUCUUCACUUGUUUAGUUCCAACUGAACUGCUCUUGGCUUUUUAUUGUCAUCUGCAACAGUUUUCAUGUAUUGCGAGUUCAAAUUCGGGUAGACAGGCCUUUGCUGGAGUAUGUCAAGCCUAUAAAUUAGAUCUAUAUGAAACUGGAGAUCACGUGGGUGUUUAUGCUGAAAAUCGUGAAGAAACUGUUGAGGAAGCUGCGAGAUUAUUGGAUCAGCCUUUAGACUUAUUAUUCUCCAUUCAGAAUGACAAAGAGGAUGGUACAGCUUUGGGAGGCUCAUUGCUGCCGCCUUUUCCUGGUCCUUGCACUAUGCACGCUGCGCUUGCUCAUUAUGCAGAUCUUCUAAGUCCUCCUCGAAAGCUUUAUUUAGUAAUUUUUGAGCCCCAUUUUGCUGGUACUGAUCCAAAUUUCUUGUUUUGUGCCAACUUUGUUGCUGUCUAUUCCCCUUCUCGUUGCUGA